CUCCAUCUCAACUCAUCUUCCCUCGACCUCGACGGAGAUUCCCAUACCGAACCCCGUACACUCGGUAUCCAUCCUUGCCAUUACUGUCACCAAUCUCAAUUGCGACAUCUCCUUUCACCCUUCUCGCGCACCGAUCGCUAUUACGACUCACUCAUCUUCACAUCAUGGCUUCAUACAUGACCGCCAGCGAGGCCUUUGCCCGCGAAAAGCUCUCCCCCAAUGCCGACAAAUCUACAUCGCAAGCUUCCUGGGCCGACAAGUACCGCGGAGCUACUGUCGAGGACCUGGACCCCCCUCUUGCCCUAUCGGUGUCUCCGAAUGACCCUAUAUCCUCCGCCCUGAUGGCCGCUUACGAGCGCGACUACACCCACCUCACCGUGAUCUCGUCGACGAAACGCUCUCUGCUCGGAUACCUCAGCAUUCCCCGGCUCAGGGAGCUACUGAAGGAAGGAGCCGUGAAGGAGCCGGAUUCGGUCUCCGCCGCGAUGCAGCGAUUCAACCGCAAACGGGGCACAUACCAGGUGAUCACCAUGGAGACUCCGCUGGAGGAGCUGGAGCAGUUUUUCGAGAGCGAGGCGGGCCCCAACGGCGAGAAGAGGGAGAAGCAGGGCUUUGCCGUUGUGACGGAUGCGUCGAGGAAGUUUGUGCUGGGAGUGGCUACGAAGGCUGAUCUCGAGGAGUUUGUUAAAAGACGGCCGUGAUUGCGUGCUGGUGCGUCGGGCGUGGUGUGGG